GUUCAUUUGAGCUCGCGGUGAAACAACUGUUGGCACUUGAUUGGCCAGCUACAUCAGUUUGUUCUAGACUGUUCUGCGGAAAUCUUCAUAUUGCUCAGAAAUCACCACCGAGGACAGAGCGACAUUUUCAGGCAGAUUUGUAAUAUUUAAUAAGACACCAUGUCAAAGGGACCAGCAGUUGGCAUUGACCUGGGCACCACUUAUUCCUGUGUGGGUGUUUUCCAGCAUGGCAAAGUGGAGAUCAUCGCCAAUGACCAGGGCAACAGGACCACACCCAGCUAUGUCGCCUUCACAGACACAGAAAGGCUGAUUGGGGACGCGGCCAAGAACCAAGUGGCCAUGAACCCCACAAACACAGUGUUUGAUGCUAAGCGGCUGAUAGGGCGGAAGUUUGACGACAGUGUCGUCCAGGCAGACAUGAAACACUGGCCGUUUACAGUGAUCAACGACUCGACACGGCCCAAGGUCCAAGUGGAGUACAAGGGAGAGACCAAGGCCUUCUACCCAGAGGAGAUCUCCUCCAUGGUGCUGGUCAAGAUGAAGGAGAUCGCAGAGGCCUACCUGGGCAAGACUAUAACCAAUGCAGUGGUCACUGUGCCAGCUUACUUCAACGACUCUCAGCGCCAGGCCACCAAAGACGCAGGGACUAUCUCAGGACUCAACGUACUCCGCAUCAUCAAUGAGCCAACCGCUGCUGCUAUCGCCUAUGGCCUGGACAAGAAGGUGGGAGUGGAGAGAAAUGUCCUAAUCUUCGACCUGGGUGGAGGUACGUUUGAUGUGUCUAUCUUGACCAUCGAAGAUGGGAUCUUUGAGGUGAAGUCCACAGCCGGAGACACCCAUCUUGGAGGAGAGGACUUCGACAACCGCAUGGUCAACCAUUUCAUCUCUGAGUUCAAGCGCAAAUACAAGAAGGACAUCAGCGACAACAAAAGAGCUGUGCGUCGUCUGCGCACUGCCUGUGAGCGUGCCAAGCGCACCCUGUCCUCCAGCACCCAGGCCAGCAUUGAGAUUGACUCUCUGUAUGAGGGCGUUGACUUCUAUACCUCCAUCACCAGGGCUCGCUUUGAGGAGCUGAACGCUGACCUGUUCAGAGGCACACUGGACCCCGUGGAGAAGUCUCUGAGGGACGCCAAGAUGGACAAGGCCCAGGUUCACGACAUCGUCCUGGUGGGAGGCUCCACACGCAUCCCCAAGAUCCAGAAGUUGCUGCAGGACUUCUUCAACGGGAAGGAGCUCAACAAGAGCAUCAACCCUGAUGAGGCUGUUGCCUAUGGUGCAGCUGUCCAGGCGGCCAUCUUGUCUGGAGACAAGUCUGAGAACGUGCAGGACCUGCUGCUGCUGGACGUCACGCCACUGUCCCUGGGAAUUGAGACUGCUGGAGGGGUCAUGACCGUGCUCAUCAAGAGGAACACCACCAUCCCCACCAAGCAGACGCAGACCUUCACCACCUACUCAGACAACCAGCCUGGGGUGCUCAUUCAGGUGUAUGAGGGGGAAAGAGCCAUGACCAAAGACAACAACCUACUGGGGAAGUUUGAGCUUUGUGGGAUCCCACCAGCCCCCCGGGGUGUGCCUCAGAUCGAGGUCACCUUUGACAUCGACGCCAACGGCAUCAUGAACGUGUCCGCCGCUGACAAGAGCACCGGCAAGGAGAAUAAGAUCACCAUCACCAAUGACAAAGGUCGUCUGAGUAAGGAGGACAUAGAGCGCAUGGUCCAGGAGGCUGAGCAGUACAAAGCUGCGGACGACGUCCAGAGGGACAAGGUGGCGUCCAAGAACGGCCUGGAGUCAUACGCCUUCAACAUGAAGUCCACCGUGGAGGAUGAGAAGCUCAAGGGCAAGCUCAACGACGAGGACAAACAGAAGAUCCUGGACAAGUGCAAUGAGGUCAUCAGCUGGCUGGACAAGAACCAGUCUGCAGAGAAGGAGGAGUUUGAGCACCACCAGAAGGAGCUGGAGAAGGUGUGUAACCCCAUCAUCACCAAGCUGUACCAGGGUGCAGGGGGCAUGCCCGGGGGGAUGCCAGGGGGGAUGCCAGGGGCUGGUGGUGCCACACCCGGAGGAGGCGGAUCCUCUGGACCAACCAUUGAGGAAGUCGACUAAACCAUUCAGAGUAUUAUUUUACUCUUGAUUGGAUAUGGCUAAAUAGUGGUCCACAUUCUAUGGCUUGGAAUGGGCUGAACCUUUAUUUUCACAAUCUGCAUUGACUACUUUUGUUUGUUUUGGUCAUUAAUGUUUUUAUGCUGAAAGCAACCAUGGAUUGAAUAUUUUUCAUGGGCACUGUUCUACCUAUUGUUAAACGUUUUCAGUUUAACCAGUGAAUGGUUACUAUACAGAGCAUGUUUUUCACAAGUGGAAUUCUGUGACUGCAAAAUGUUUUUGCCUUUGCACUGCAGGCUAAAGAUAACUCUUAAAGAAUCUCUUGAAUUCA